CUAGAGCGCAGGGGAGAACGUGUAAGCAGAGAAAAGAUAGGUCAAGGUUUUGAAAAAGUGCAUAUGCUUUAAAUAGACCCACAGAUAUCCCACGGGGCGUCACACAAAAGCACGGAUCAGCAUACCUGUACACUUUUUGUGCAAGCUGUUUUACUGAAGGAUCAACAAUAUCUGCUGCAGAGGAUCUAAUGCUACAGGAAGCCUGAAAACAACAGUGCACAAGCUGUGAGCGUCCAUCUGGAUGAAAGCAGAUCAGUAGUGAGGUUUAACCAGCCCCGUCACUUCCUAUUUGACGUGUGCGUGUUUUCGACUGUCACCCGGAGAACUAUUUUAAAUCCGGCGGACUGUGUUCAAUGCCCUUUGCGCGAAUGCAUGGAUCAAAACAGUCGGCCUAGCUUUUCCUGGUUUAUUUAGUCGGCUGAACUGGUAGCCUGCUGCUUGGGGGGAAAUAGCUUUGCACCCUCCGACAGAUACCUCGACCUGAGCCGGGGAUGUGCGUGGGCUAAAGCCACUGAACAAUGAUGGCAGCCGAUUCGAGCUAAAAUUCGCGCGCCCAAGGUCUGAGAAAUGAGCUCGGCUCCUUCCCUUUGAUGCACUCGAGCUAAGGGCCGUCCUGGUGGAUUUGCCCCUGACCCAGCGGAGUGAUUUCAGCCCAGCCCCGCUCCACACCCAACAUGCUGAUCAAAGAGUACCGCAUCCCCAUGCCCAUGAGCGUGGAGGAGUACCGCAUCGCUCAGCUCUACAUGAUUCAGAAAAAGAGUCGUGAAGAGAGUGAAGGCGAGGGCAGCGGGGUGGAAAUCCUGGAGAACCGACCCUAUACUGACGGGCCAGGCGGCUCUGGUCAGUACACACAUAAGGUAUACCACAUCGGCCAACACAUUCCCAGCUGGUUCCGUUCCAUCUUGCCGAAAGCUGCUCUUCGUGUGGAGGAGGAAUCCUGGAACGCCUACCCAUACACCCGCACACGCUACACAUGUCCCUUCGUCGAAAAGUUUUCCAUCGAUAUUGAGACGUUCUACAAGCCGGACACGGGUACCUAUAAUGACGUCUUCAACAUGUCCUCUAACGAGAAGAGACAACGUGACAUAGAUCCCAUUGACAUUGUGAAAGAUUUCAUUGCCCCUCAUGAGUACCUGGCCGAGGAAGACCCUAAACUGUACAAGUCGGCGAAAACCCAGCGUGGCCCCCUGUCCGACGACUGGAUCACGGAAAUCAACGACAAACCAGGCACAAUGCCCGUCAUGUGUGCUUACAAGUUGUGCAAAGUGGAGUUCCGUUACUGGGGCAUGCAGUCCAAGAUUGAACGCUUCAUUCACGAUGUGGGGUUGAGGAAGGUGAUGGUCCGGGCUCAUCGGCAGGCGUGGUGCUGGCAGGACGAGUGGUACGGUCUUACCAUGGAGGACAUCCGGCAACUGGAGCUAGAGACCCAGCUGGCCCUCGCGCAGAAGAUGGCGCAGUACAGUUGCAAUGAAGAGGGCGGUGAGAACAACGGCUCAGUUACUGGCCCAGAGAAAGAGCUCGAAACCAAAGAGGCCAACAGCUCCAUCGAAGCAGAUGGUACGGCGAGGAGCGUGGGAGACACUCUACAGGCGCGAGGAGAGCUGACCAAGCAAUGGUCCACCUCCUCCAGAUCUUCACGCUCCUCCAAAAGGGGUGGAAGCCCUUCGCGCCACAGUAUUUCUGAAUGGCGCAUGCAGAGCAUCGCCAGAGACUCUGAGGACAGCACAGAUGACGAGUUCUUUGAUGCUCAUGAGGACUUUUCUGACGAGGAGAUCUUUGCCAAGGAGAUCACCAAAUGGAGCUCCACUGACCUGAUGGAUAAAAUCGAGACAACGGAGGCAGAAGAAUCCCAGGGUGACUUGUAUCAAGAAUCUGGGAUGGAGUUUUCUGGGACGGACUGCGGGGAACGCCUCAAUGAGGACUCCUCGUCACAGCAGUGUUUACAACCCUCCAAAAUCCACGUCCUCCUCCUGGUCCUGCAUGGCGGAAACAUCUUAGAUACGGGCAGCGGAGACCAGAACAGCAAGCAGUGUGAUGUCAACACCAUUAGCAGUGCAUUUGAUGCUGUGAUGAGGGUUCAUUAUCCGGCUGCUUUGGGCCGCAUUGCCAUACGCCUGGUGCCGUGUCCGGCUGUGUGUGUGGAGGCUUUCUCUCUAGUGUCAAAUUUGAGUCCUUACAGCUAUGAUGAAGGCUGUCUGUCCAACAGUCAGGAUCACAUCCCUCUGGCCGCUCUGCCCCUAUUGGCCACUUCUGCGCCACAGUACCAGGACGCCGUGGCAACGGCCAUAGUGCGAGCCAAUCAGGUCUAUGGUGACUUCAUCAAAUCCCUGGAGGGGGCCACUUUCACAGGCCAAGUGUGUCUGAUUGGUGACUGUGUUGGAGGAAUUCUGGGAUUUGAUGCUCUCUGCAGCAGUAACAUUACAGUGUCAGAGAGUCAGAACAGCAGCCGACGGGGCAGUAUAGUCAGCGUACAGGACAAUGAUCUGUUGUCACCAGGAAUCAUAAUAAACAGCACUCACUGUUCGGGGUCAGGAUCGGGGUCAGGGUUGUCUCUGGAGGGUAGUCGUCAUCUCAGUCGCAGUAAUAUAGACAUUCCACGCUGCAGCGGCCCAGACGACCCCAAAAAACAGCUGCCACGGAAACGCAGCGACUCUUCGACCUAUGAGCUGGAUACCAUUAAACAGCACCAGGCCUUCCUGUCCAGUCUGCACUCCAGUGUUUUGCGGAACGAUCCGGGUUCGCGACGAUCCAGUAGCAGUACCAUGCUGGAGGGAGGCGGCCCUCUGGGCAAGUUUGACUUUGAAGUGUCCGACUUCUUCCUCUUUGGCUCUCCGCUCGGUCUGGUCCUUGCGCUGAGGAAGACUGUGGUCCCUACGUUAGAUGUGGCUCAUCUCCGUCCAGCGUGCCAGCAGGUGUAUAACUUGUUUCAUCCGGCGGACCCCUCCGCCUCACGUCUGGAGCCCCUGCUGGAGAAGCGUUUUCACCUGCUGCCUCCGUUCAGCGUGCCCCGCUACCAGCGCUUCCCUCUCGGUGACGGCCAAUCGGCCCUGCUUGUGGAAACCAUCCAGAAUUCCCCUCACCUCCUGUUGGAGAGUGGGAUCUGUGCUGCCCAGCGCUAUCAGGAUGGCAUCAGCGAGACUUCCAUUCCCGUCCCUGUGCUCAACUGGCAGGCCAUGCAGGCCCCCGCUGAGUCGGACGUGAUGCACUCUCACGGCCUUAUGUUUUCGGAACAGUCCAAUCCUUCAUCUCCGGCUUCUGCUCCAGCCUUCCGUGGGACUCGAAGAGGCAGUGAGACCAGCAUCGCCAGCCAGGUGUCUGGGUUAGUGGACAGUUACACCGCCUCCAACAUUGCCAACAUCGCGGCGCGUUGGUGGGGCACUAAGCGCAUUGAUUUUGCGCUAUAUUGUCCUGAUGCCCUAACUGCUUUCCCUACUGUGGCUCUACCUCACCUGUUCCAUGCCUCCUAUUGGGAAUCAACCGACGUUGUGUCUUUCCUGCUACGACAGGUCAUGAGGCAUGAGAACUCGAGUAUUUUGGAACUUGAUGGGAAGGAGGUGACAGAAUUCACUCCGUCCAAACCACGGGAGAAGUGGAUAAGGAAGAGGACCCAUGUGAAGAUCAGGAACGUUACGGCAAACCAUCGCGUGAAUGAUGCAGUGUUUUCGGAGGACGGCUCUCAGGUGGUCGCAGGUCGCUUCAUGUAUGGACCCCUGGAUAUGGUCACACUGACAGGAGAAAAGGUUGACAUCCAUAUCAUGACACAGCCACCGUCUGGUGAAUGGGUCUACUUUGACACCGAACUGACCAAUAGCAGUGGCCGAAUCUCCUAUGUGAUCCCUGAGAAUAAACGGUUGGGAAUUGGAGUGUAUCCUGUCAAAAUGGUGGUCAGGGGUGACCACACAUCUGCGGACAGUUACCUGACCGUGUUGCCUCGUGGCACUGAGUUUGUUGUGUUCAGCAUCGAUGGCUCUUUUGCUGCCAGCGUGUCCAUCAUGGGUAGCGACCCUAAAGUGCGGGCAGGAGCUGUUGACGUGGUCAGGCACUGGCAGGACCUGGGCUACCUGAUCGUGUAUGUAACGGGACGUCCAGACAUGCAGAAGCAGCGUGUUGUGGCCUGGCUUUCACAACACAACUUCCCUCAUGGAAUCGUGUCCUUCUGUGACGGCCUGGUACAUGACCCGCUCCGACACAAAGCCAACUUUCUGAAGUGUCUCAUCACAGAGGCACACAUGAAGAUCUUUGCUGCUUAUGGUUCUACUAAAGACAUCUCAGUGUACACGUCACUGGGCCUGCCUCCAUCACAGAUCUACAUUGUGGGGAGACCAACCAAAAAGAUGCAACAUCAGUGUCAGUUCAUUGCCGAUGGCUAUGCAACGCACCUGUCCCAGCUGGAGUACAAUCAGAGGUCGAGACCCGCUAAGACCGGCAGUGCUCGUAUAGUCCUGCGGAAAGGCAGUUUCGGGCUGGGCGGCAGCGGCGACUUCCUGCGAAAGCGCAAUCACCUGCUGCGCACCAUCUCCUCGCAACCGACCUCCACCACGCCGGUUGUGCAGGUGGGCCGUCCCGAACGUGCGCAGAGCCAAUCAGAAUGCGACCGAGAGCGGGCGGAGCGUGCACAGAGAAGCAUGAGCAUCGCGGCAGGCUGCUGGGGCCGGUCCGGCAAAUUUGAGGGUGGAGCUUUGAGCCCUAAAUAGGCUCCACCAACCAGGUCCAAGUUCUGAGGAAAUGAAAGGCACUCCAUAUGGCACAGAGACAUGAAUGUGGCCUGCAAGAUUAGGAGAUGGACCCUGUAAUGUUGGGACUCAACCUCACCACCCCAUUACUAUUAUUGCAUGAGUCAUUUGGGAAAACAAGAUUUUUUUGUUCGUUUUUUAGUCUGGCAGCCAAACACAUUCACAACAUGAAAUCUAGCGCCUUAAGCAUCACUCUGGGUCGUGGCCCUCACCUCUGACUUGAUUGAAUGUACUGUUUGAAAGGGAGACAAAUCGUUGGGUGGGUAUGGACUCUUCCCCUUCCCCCAUCACCAAGGAGCAUCCAGGAAGCUAUCCUCAACUUCCCAUUUGGUGUCCACAGAGUGUCCCACAGCUGUAAAUACGUGCCUCCUCUUACCUGCUCAGGGCAGCCAUGAACUUGAGGAGUUUAGAAGACCCAGAGGCCAUUUCAUGUCCCUCUUGCUUUAACGGUUUACUCAUUUUCGCCCUCUUUCUCACAGAUUAGUUGCUCGAUCUUGGCGGCGUCUUGGUCAAAACCCAGCAGCAUUUGGCAAUAAGGAUCGAACCCCAUCACACUUGGUCUGCAGGUCAUCAGAGGCCUUAACUUUGUAUUCAGAGCACGAAUGGAAAGCCGUCUCAAUCUUUAGUCCUCAAAAGGGGCAACUAUCCCUUUACAAGGCCAUCUGCUUGCAAUACCUCUGAGGGCACCACUAGAGGACUUCGCAAGCCUGACACCCUCGACAUGUGCUGCUGCGCCACGUUCCGUAUUUAUUUAUUUCUGAGCCACCAAACAACAAUCGUAAGCACACAUGCAAUUUCAUGCCACAUCUGAUUUGCUGUAAAAACGGUCCCGCUGCUUCUUUUGACUUGGAGAAAAUCUUGCAACCCACCAUGAGGACAGACUGCGCAACUUGCUGUAUUUGAGCGGUCUAACGAAAAGCUGAUAUGACGAAGGACAAUUUCUAAGCCAAACAGGGCUAGAUUUCUCUGUCAGGAUUAGAGACAGAUUUCGCUCAUUCUCAACCGUUUCCUCUUGAACCUCUUUGCACUCAUCUCCGGGUGAUCGGGAAGUGAUUGGAAUCGAUCGCUUGCUCAAUACCGCCGAUGGCCAAAACUAAUUCAUGUUAAAAGCUGUAGUUCUGCAACUGCAUAAUCUCAUUGUUAUUUUGCACUAGUGGAAUAGUGGAGGUCCUUGUUACCAUCUCAUGUCACUACAUCACGUUUUCGUGUAGUACAUGACCUUUAUUAUUUAUGGCAGGGUAUUUGAUUUUUAUUUGACGAUUAUAUAGUUCUCCAGUAAAUAGGAAACAAAAUAACGCAAGAAAUGUGCCAAAACCAGGCAGGCCGUUGGAACACAAACACGCCCAAGGCUGUUUCCGAUGUAUUGUAGCAACGUUUCCGGAGCGUUUGAGUGGUUUCGAUGGCACAUGUAUAAUGUUUUUACGAUUUUAGAUCAUUUUAGAUCAACUUUAAAGUCCUUUAAAGUUCAGUAAUCGAUGAUAUUGUCCAUAUGUUCAUAUGUAAGUUAUUGAGGUAUAUAGAAAUUGUGCUUUUAAUUUUACGAUUUUGGACCAGAGCAUGACAAAUUCAGUCGUAAACCAUACGCGGUUUGUUUAUAUAUCAUGUCAUGAACACACUGGAAUAGCCAUGCUGCAUGUGCGGACAUUUGUGCUAAGGAUUUCAAAUCUAGCUGUAGAUUAGAUUGUAUUCAACUGGGAUGUUUCGAACACAGCCGUCAGAUUUCGGCCCCAGUGUUCGCAGUUCGUCUGGAGUGGAUGUUAUGAUCUGUGGUCUCAAUGGGACGUAAAACAGUGUAGAUACUGUAAAGAUACUGUAAAGAAAUUUCACUAUAUAGGAUGUGUUAAGGUCAGAAUUUAUUUAUUUCUAUAGCUCCAUAAGAUUAUGGUUAUUUCAGGUUUGACUGUAUUUCAUGUAUUGCUUUUAUUUUUGUCCAACAGUUCUGAAAAGCUUAUUUUAAGGACCAAUGACGUGUCUCCUCGUGCAUAAUCGUUGACAGUGUUUCCGUAGCAAAAUUCUAGAGGACGCCACUGCACCGCACGGACAAUCAAAUCUGUUCAGCAAACAAACAACAUAUUGCGAACAAAACAGUCAAGGAGCACGCACGUGCACAAACACACGCUCAAUUUCUUAUUCUACAGACAUUCAGAGACUCUGGAAAAUGGUCAAUCGCAUCAACACAAUAGUCAAAAUUUCCACGUAAUGUGAAUUGGUUUGAGAAGGGUUCAUUAACGUGGUUACCUUUCUUAUAAAUUAGCUCCAAACUACUGGGUUUUAAUUGGUUCUGUACAAUUUUUGUUGUUGCCACUUGGGGAAAAAAAAAAGUUGCUUUUAAAUUUCCAUUAGGACUGGCAUUGCUAUCCUUAAUAGGUAAUAUUAAGAAGUUUUAUUGCAUCUAGUUGGUAGUAGACAUUAGGGGCUCUCCAUGGGAAUGUUCUGAAAUGAUACUGACAUGACAAAUCUGAAAAUUGCAUGAGUGAAAUCUUGGUCAUCUUUGUUGGUUGUUGGUUUAUUAUGUCAAAGAAAUAACGAUUUGAAUGUUAACAACUAAACAAAUUCCCAGUCUGGAAAUUGCUAAUUUCCAUCAUAGUACUAGUCCACAUUCACUCACAUCUGAACUGACUUCUACAACCUGUUACAGUUUUUUAACUGGCUGGUUUUCAAAUCCAGCUGUUUUUCAGGAAUGCUGGGCAAGUUGAUGUGCGCCAUCCGAUAUGAAUUUAUUUCCGAUUCCAAGAUUAAAACAUCGCAGGGAGUCAUGACAAUUUGUGCCACAAUUCCAAACUCUUUUUUACACAGUAAACAUUCAUUUAAACAGACGCGGUCUCACUUGUAAGCCAAUAAUAUGAGUAUUAUAUCUGCAGAUAAAACAGAUUAUAGCCACUUUUGUACUUUGCAUGUCACGGGAAAGCUUUCGUACAGAUUCCUGUAUUAUUCAAUAAUAAGCCCAAUACAUACCUCCAAUUUAUAAUUACAAAUAUGCUGUCGUCUAUGUAGAACAUCAUAUCAAAUGUUACUACCAAGUAUUUAGAUUAUCUUAAAAACAGACACAUUUUUAAAGGAGUGUUCCGGGUUCAAUACAAGUUAAGCUCAGUCGACAGCAUUUGUGGCAUAAUAUUGAAUACCGCAAAAGUUUAUUUCAACUCGUCCAUUUUUUUCUUUAAAAAUAAGCAAAAAUCUUUGUUACGAUGAGGCACAUACAUUGGAAGUCAAUGGGGCAAUUCGGAAAGGUAAAAAUACUGUUCCUAAAAUAAAGCCACAAUAUGCAUGUUUACAUGAUUUUAGUAUGAUAUUAUGGACCCGCUUUAUAUUAGAUGGCCUUAACUACUGUGUACUUUAUCAUUUGAUACAAUGUGAUUAUUAUGUACAUACAUGUUGUUGCAUUGCAAUUACAUUUAAAGUACUUGCAUUUAAUUACAUUUGUAGUUACAAUGUUAACUUUACCCCUAACCCAACCCUUACCCCAAAAUCGAACCCCUAACCUUAGUCCUAAACCUACUUGUACCUCAACCCCAAAAUCGAACCCCUAACCUUAGUCCUAAACCUACUUGUACCUCAACCUCAGUAGCAGCAAAUGUGGGCAUUUUGCAGAGCAGCAUGUAGUUACACAGUAAAUAAAUAGUCUGGUAUGUAUUUAAUGUUAGUACAUAGUAGUUAAGACCACCUAAUAUGAAGUGUGACUGAUGUAAUCACUUACUAACCUUUUCUGUCAAGCUAUAUCCAAUUUUCCAUCUUUGUUGCCACUGUAAACCCUAAAACAACCGUAAAAAGGACAAUUUAUGCUUAAAGAUUGAGCUUAACUUGUAUUGAGAUCAAAUUGUCAGAAAUUAAACUAUCAGCAUAAUAUAUAAGUGCAAAGAGCAGAAAUGCUGUUAAAAAUUGAAAUGUAAACAUCUCUCAGAUUACUGUGCGAAACAUUUACAGUGAAAAUAAGGCUUUCCCGACACCUUUGGAUAUUGAAUGAAUUCUGCAGGUUUAUUUUACUCUGUUGAAGUACUGAUCUGGACUGAAUCCCUCCUUUACAGUUUCUUACCAGGUCAGUGGUUCAGUGCUCUCAUAUGUAUAAUCUGUAUGUACUGUGGAUUAAAUGCAGUUGGACGACUCUGCGUGUCUUCUGUGAUUUAUAAUGCAUUAUAUGUGUAAAGUGGACCAUUUCAAUUUGUGUUACACAUACAGUAAAAGCCAUUUGAAGACUUGAGGUGUGCAUAUUUAAUGAUCUGAACUAGCACCUCAUCGAAAGCUAUUUUUUUUCUACUUUGUUGCCCAGAAUGUGCUUUGUUUGGACACGUCAUGUUAACUCUUUUAAAUGUGAUUACUUUGGUUAUCUACAGGUUAGGUGGUUUUUAAAACAUACAACUAGAAUGUAAAGAUAAACAUAAACAUACAUAAGCUGUCAAUCAAUUACAAUUUUUAAUCGAAUUACUUGAUGUGCAAAAUAAUUAAUCACUUGCCAAUAUUUACUGGGAAAAGCCCCCAAAUAAAGGUAAUUUCCAAUAGUUCCAAUCAUUUUAAAUAUAUUUAUAUAUAAGUAGCAG